GUAAAUGUGGUUUAGUUGUGCAGUUUUCAGUCGGUGAAGGUCCUUAUGUACUGAAUGAUGACGAAGAUGAUGGUGAGGGCACAGGAAGGGGGUGUGAUCAACCUGCCCACACACUGACCUGAUAACAUCGCUCUGACAGAGGCUGUGUCCUCGUUGCUUUAAAAGCAGAGGACUGGAGGAGUAUGUGAUAACCUGAAUGCUUUAAAGAGAGGCCUAGAUGGUAUAACAAUAAUACUUUUAUCAUAAUUUUAAUGGUGGCUUAAAGUAAAAAUAAAACAAGAAGCAGAAGUGAAAUUGACUCAUCCUGGAUCCUCCUUGCUGAUUUCUCAGAUCAUCCCCCGUGUGUCACAUGUUGAUGACAAAACUUAAACCACUUCAUUGGCCGGUUUGAUUGGACCUGUGGUUUCAAACGGAUCUAUAGCGCCUCUAGUGGCUCAUCUUCAUUACAACAUGUGGUGUGUGAGCAGCGGCAGUUUCACUCUACUAUUCACCUGCUGGAGGGAGAGAGACACCUCCAACUCCUGCCACUCUGGCGAGACGAGACGGCGAAACACUUGACUGGAUUAUGCGUCUGAUCUAAUGUGAUGAGUUCAGUGAUCAGCAGGUCAUCUGUUCUCCAGCUUCUCUGGGUCUCACAGAGCUCUCCAUGAGACAUGGUGCUACCUGAAAAAAACUCCAGACCUUCUGCUCAGAAGAAGGUUCCCAAGCAGCACGCUCUGUGGCACCAGAGCCUGCCCUCCCCGGCCCUGUGCUGCGCCUGCGGCCUGUGCAUCAUGCUGGCUGGCAUUAACAUCACCCUGGUGGGAGCGUUCGCCUUUGGCACCUUCAUCCCUACUGGCAACCCUCCAAUUAUCAUAGGUCCUCUUCUCCUAUUGAUUGCCCUGGCUUUCUUCACAGCCUGCUGUGUGGUCAGCAGGAGACCCCCGACCCACAUGGCCCGCAAGGCUAAAGGGGGUGAGAAGUGGGGGCUGAUGCGGAUGGGGACAGCAGCGUUUGAGAUGGAGACGAGUGAGCACACGCUGCAGGACACUACGGCUGUUCAGCUUAGCCCCACCAGCUCCCGCAACUCCUCUCACAAGUCCAGCUCCAGCCAUGGGAGCGACGCUCCGCCUGCCUGCCAGGAUGGAGCCAGGGAGCUGCCCAUGUCAGAGAUGUGUGACACAGGAGAUAACCCCACCUUGACCUCUGACAGCAAGGAGAGCACUCAUGCAGAGAUGCUGCCUGCUCACAAGACUUCCUCUACGUAGCUUGGCCGUCCCCUUGCUGUUUGAGUGUCUGGAUGUUUUGACGUAUACUGGAUGGAAGUGUCUCGUAUGAUUGACAGGAGUGAUUGGCAUUUUCAAAUAUAAGGCUGCAAACAAAAUAUCCUGAUGAAAGGCCAGCAGACUAAGUCUGUUGUCUGUAUUGUGCAAAACCCGCCUGAGGGUAACUUAUUCAGUGUGUUGUUGAAUGCUUAUUGCUCAUCCCCAGGAUGUAUAUUAAUUUGCCAGGAGCAGAAACAGGAACCGGAGAUGAUACCUUAAUCCAAGUGCCUGUUUGUGUGCUUCUUGUUGUAUAAAACAUCCAGUUAAGGCCGAUUAUCCUGCAUUCAUGUCGUAUGGAUCAACUGUGGUUAGUGCUUGUCAUCGUAUAUGGUGGGAAAGAAGAUGAGUGUGUCCUGCCAAGCUUCUUCUCUGAGUCAUGAAACUGCUUCUUUGACAGAAGUGCUAUUAUUUAUUUAUUUUCUUUUUAAUGCUUGCAUCAGCCGCAGUGAGUGAGCGUGUGUAACUUUGAGCUGUGUUAAGAUGGAUAUUCAGGAACAAAUUAGUGUUAUACCUUCAGUGAAUUUGUUUGUCAUGUUGUAGUGCCAUGAUUAUAAGAUUAAGACAGAUGUUAAUACAUGCUUGGGACAUCUAUACAUUUUAUAAAUAAAGCUGAAAUUUUGCUUGAUUGGA